CAAAAUGCUUGUAGAGAAAAAAAUCAAAACACCAAAGGAUUGGCUAUUAGCACAACUUCAUGGUUUAGAUAAGUCUAGUAUGGAACUUCUUCGAGAAAACCUGUCAGGACUAAGCGCAGGAGAAUUUUCGGACCUUUUAGUGUUCAUUAAUAAAUGCCUUAAGAUUGAACGGAUCCUCUUUAUCCAAGAUGAGGCGCAAUGUCUUUGUCGACCUGAAUUCGGAGAUUACGUUGGAAGUAGUGAAGCGGGAACUCCAUGGAAUCUUUUGCCUAUACUCAUCACAUGAUCAGUUCCGAUUUUGAUGUUACACCCAUUAUUUCUGGCACUACUAUGCGUAUAUCAAGCGGAAUAGCCCUAGUCACUAGUGUUGGAAAACUUAGUGCACCUCGAAAAGUGCAUCUUGUGUUGAAACUCCCUUAUCUCUCACCUGAGGAUGUUAUACGAAUUCUCGAAACUGUAAUCAAUAUGGAUGGAGUUAGUCUUGAAACUCUUUCUUAUUUAGGAAAUAUUCUCAAGGGACGACCCCGAAACUGUGCGUUAUUUAUAAAAAUGCUAGCCGACCGAUCAGAACCGUUAAUAGAUAAAGAUAAUGAAAUGGUUAACACUAGUAAGAAAUGGUUCGAGGAAAUAACUGAUACAAUGGUAACAUAUUUGCGUAAUACCGCCAGUACUUUGUCACUCAGAGGAAUCAACCCAACAAAUGCGAUUAUUGAAGUUAUCUGUUGCCGAAUUAUUAAUUCAGAUUCACCUGGUGCUGAACUGCUUCGACAUGGAAUUCUUCCUGUCAAGUCGCCACCUUUCAUUACCCUUCGUCCUCAUAACUUGGACUCAAAUUCGUUCAAAAUCAAUACAGAAUUAGAGUCGUACAUUAUUAGGAGCAUUGAGAAAUAUCUGAAGUUAAGUAACAAAGAAACUUUGACAGAUAUUUAUGUUACUCACGUUAUACAACGUCUUGGGAGCAAACAGGCAAUUGGCAGCGAGCUUGAUGCUGCUUUUGCAUCAGCAAUUAUUGAGAAACGCGGUUGUAGCGUGCUUGAAGAACUUAAAAGGUGGACCGGCGAUACCAACGGUUCAGAUUUCAUCUUUCCAGAAUGGAUCACGCCGGGAAUGCAGUUUGUCACGGAAACAAAUCUAUCAAAUAAUGUUUCAUUGUAUGAUUAUGUCAAAGACGUAUACGAAUCAACCAGGUACCAUAAUGCUGCUAUCCAACCAGCGAUUCAUGCAGGUUCGGAUCUUGUACUCUCGCUUGUAGAUAAAUCUAAUGAAUCUAAAAAUGUGGUAUUGUUAUCGUUAAGUUCCGCUUUCUACAAAGAUGCAGUUCCGGCAGACAAGGUUAGAAUGCAAGCUUUCAAGGUGUGCAUGGAGUUUCAGUACAUGAUAAAAAAUGAAGAUAUGAAAGAAAUGAUGAAAAGAAAGAGGGUCAUUAAAAAAUCUGGACCUAAUAAAUCUGGACCUGAGAAUAAGAAAAUGAAGAUGGAUUAUUGUGAAGUCGGUGUAUCUGACGAUGUUGGUUUUACUGAAAAUUUUCGGAAGGAAAUGAAGCAAGAUUAUUAUGAACAAGACUAUGGGGAGGAGGGAGAACUUCAGGAAAACAGUAUUCUCGCCAAUAUUGACGAUGAUGAUGACGAUGAUCUACGCCGUAAUAAGGACAUAAACUACGAUUUGGAUUACGAUAGAACCCUCAAGUAUUACCUAGUAUCCAAAACACCUGAGCAUGCGAAACUUCACCAUGAAAUCGCAAAACUUAUGACAGCCAAUAAUGUUAGUAGCAAUGCGGCUGAUAAAAGAAAAUGCAUUCAUGUUUUAGUUGAGUUACCACAUAGGGCUUUGUCAAAAAGGCCAGAUAUCUUACGCAUUGACAAAAAAGGUAAUCUCAUAGUCACUAUUGAUGACCGCAACGUAAAACAAGUUUUCGGAGAAAAGUUGGCGGAUAUAGUAUUAAUGAAGAAAUAACCCUCUCGCAAAACGACCAGUCGAGAAGUCUUAAAUUGAUACAUUAAUAUUUUAUAGCUUGCAUUUGCAUAAAAAAAAUAUUACAUAUACGUAGUUUUCAGUGAUGAUACUAAACAGCAAGUUUCC